AUCCACGGCCGCGGAGGAUGCGCGGCAGCGCUGGCCUUUCAAUUUGCCUGAAGCGCCACAAUUCAACAUGGUUUUAAGGAGAUUAUAACAUAUUAUUUUCCCACACAACCCCGCGCUGUUUUUCUGAACUACAAAAACAGAGAUGCACCCAGAUAAUCUGGGAACCGUUGUCUCCUGCCGGACGCACCGAGAGCAGGAAUAGGAAUAGGAGGAGAGCAGCAUGUAACCGGGAGGAGCGCACCAGCUGCGGCGGACGCUCCACCUGACUCGUCCCUCGCUGUUUCCUUCACAAUUUUCCUCAAAAUCGGAGGCUUCUCGAUGUGUUGACCGAAUCGCCGUGGACACUUUGGAUAUUAUUUUUUAGGAAAAUGAGUGAAGACGUAUCAGAGGUCCCUAAAGAGCUCCUGGAGAGUGUGAGGGAUGCAGUUGGGAGGAAGGUGAAGUUGUCGCUGAGGAAAAGAGUCAAACUGGAGAUAAAAGGAGACAAGACGGAGAACAGAGUCUUGGCCCUUGCAUCUCACCGCGCCUACCUCUUAACGGCACGCAUUCCCACCAAGGUGGAACACUCCUUUAAUUACCUGGAGAUCCAGGGAAUUGCUUGCAACAAGCCAACACAGUUAUGCAUCGAGUACGAGCGGGGUUCAUUCUCUCUGAAGCUGCCCUCCACAGAAGAGGUGAACGAGGUGGUGGCUCACAUAGGAAACUGUGUGCAGAGGAUAUGUCCCGGUAUACCACCUAGUAAAGUGAUGAAGAAGCUCUCCAUGGAGCCUCCAGACAGGCUGCCCUCCCUGCAGACGCUCUGGGAGAACAACAAGCCUUCUGAACCUGGGCCUUGUGGUGGGUUUUCUCAGAUGUACAAAUGUGUCUGUGACUGGUUGGGUUUGCCGUAUCGAGAAGAGGUGCAGUGGGAUGUGGACACUAUUUAUUUGACUCAAGAUACCAGGGAACUAAACUUGCAGGACUUCAGCCAUCUGGAGAACAGGGAUCUGGUAGCUAUAAUAGCGGUCCUGGAGUUCAACCAGUGGUUCACCAAGCUUUCCACAAAGGAUUACAAGCUGUCUGCAGAUGUGUGUGAGCAGAUCCUUCGGGUGGUGUCUCGCUCCAGUCGACUGGAAGAGUUGGUUCUGGACAAUGCAGGACUCAAAACGGACUUUGCUCAGAAGCUGGCUGGAGCCCUGGCCCACAACCCCUGCACAGGACUCACCACCAUUAACCUUGCCAACAAUCCCCUGGAGGACAGAGGUGUUUCGUCUCUGGGUGCUCAGUUUGCCAAACUUCGUAUGGGGCUUAAGCAUUUAAAUUUUUCCAAAACCUCAUUAUCACCCAAAGGUGUGAAUAGUCUUUGCCAGUCACUGAGUGCCAACCCGUCCAUCCCCAGCAGCCUCGUCCAUCUGGACCUCUCAGGGAAUAUGCUCCGAGGAGAUGACAUGCAGCAUUUCUACAACUUCCUCGGUCAGCCCAACAGUCUAGUGGUGCUGGACCUCUCCAACACAGACUGCUCUUUAGACCAGGUUUGUUCAGCUCUACUGCGAGGUUCAUGCCAGCACCUCUCUGUUCUUAACGUUUCAAAGAGUGUCUUCCCUCACAGGAAAGGGAAAGACGUGCCGCCCUCGUUUAAACAUUUCUUCAGCAGUGCAAUGUCUCUCAGCUCCAUCAACGUGUCAGGAACCAAGCUGCCACCGGAAGCCCUCAAAGCACUUCUGCUUGGCCUGGCCUGUAAUCCCAACCUGAAGGAUGUGUCUCUAGACCUCAGCUGCUGUGAGCUGCGAUCUGGAGGUUCCCAGAUCCUUGAGGGAUGUAUUGCUGAGAUCCCAAACAUCUCCACCCUGGAUAUCUCUGAUAAUGGCCUGGACUCAGAACUGUCCACUCUGCUUGUUUGGUUAGCCAAGAACCGCUCCAUCAGACAUCUGUCUCUGGGCAAAAACUUUAACAACAUCAAGUCCAAAAACCUCGCUCCGGUUUUGGACAGCCUGGUUCACAUGAUUCAGGAGGAGGAGUCGCCCCUCACCUCUCUGUCUCUCGCAGACUCCAGACUCAAGAGUGAUCUGACCAUAGUUCUCAACGCCCUCGGCAGCAACUCCUCGCUCACCAGGCUCGACAUCGGCGGUAACGCCAUGGGGGACAUGGGAGCCAAGAUGCUGGCCAAGGCACUGCAGAUCAACUCCAAACUCAGGACUGUGAUCUGGGACAAAAACAACACCAGCCCUCAGGGUCUACAGGAAGUAGCAGCGGCUUUGGAGAAGAACUUCACCAUCCGCUUCAUGCCCAUCCCCAUCAUUGAUGCGUCCCAGGCUCUGAAGGCAAACCCUGAGAAAACAGAAGAUGCCUUGUUAAGGAUUGAGAAUUAUUUGUAUAGAAACCAUGAAACCAGAAAAUACCUGCAGGAGCAGGCGUAUCGUCUCCAGCAGGGCAUCGUAACCACGACUACACAACAGAUGAUAGACCGGAUUUGUGUGAAGGUGCAGGACCAUCUGAACUCUCUGAGGAACUCGGACACAGACAUGGUCUUGGACGAUGUCAGAUCAGCAGAGAGCCUCAUCAAAGAUGCCAGGAACUCCAAAACUCUGCUCCCUAACCUUUACCAUCUUGGGCUGGCAUCCAGAGAGGAGGUAAACAGUUCAUCAGUGGGUCCAAUUCAAGAAAAACUUGAAUCCAUGGCCGGGGAAGUGACUACUGUCAUGGACCAGCAGCUGCAGACUCUGUUAGAGUCCAUGGUGGAUGCAGCUGAGGGUCUGUGUCCUCAUGUGAUGAAGAGGAGUAAUCUUCGUUCAGAACUGAUGCAUGCCAGCUCAGCAAAGAUGGUUGUACCUAAAAGCUUUGUCACCAAAACCCUCCUGGAACAGUCGGGGGUGGAUAUCAUCAACAAGAUCAGUGAGGUGAAACUGAGUCUGGCAUCCUUUCUCUCGGAUCGCAUUGUUGAUGAAAUUUUGGAAGCUCUUUCCACAUCCCAGCAUACACUGGCAGACCAUCUGGUACGCCGAGGUCGCCCCUUGCAGCACGAGUCUGUAGAUCUGGACGUCCCAGAGGAAAAGAUUCCUAAACGGGCAUCGACUGAGAUACUGGAGGCUGAGAGGCUUGACGACCUGGAAACAUGCAUGACUCUUUGCUGCACCAGUAUGACUCCUAAAUCCAAAAGGAAAAGCAUCCACAGCAGAAUGCUGCGGCCCGUGUCUCGUGCCUUUGAGAUGGAGUUUGACCUGGACAAAGCAUUGGAGGAUGUUCCUGUCCACAUGGAGGACACCUCCACUUCAUCUCAAACUCCACCCACUCCGUCUGUGUUCUCUCUCCAACUGGGGCAACAUCCACCUGGAAAGAUUGCAGAGCUGCCAUCUGAGGAAGAGAAAAAACUCCAGCACUUCACAAAACUACGACCCCGAAGGAACAAAAAGACACAUUCAAGCAAAAUACCUCAAAUCAACAGCACUACUUCUCAAGAUGGGGAGCAGAAUGGCCUCAUGGGAAGGGUGGAUGAAGGAGUGGAGGAGUUCUUUUCCAAAAAAGUCACCAAGAUGAAUUCAAAACGAUUUCUGAGGAGUUCAGAGUCUCAGGAUGGAGAGAAGAAGAAGAGUAAAGGAGGAUUCCUAAACCUCAUCAAGCGAACUGCCAAAUCAGAUAAAUCAGACAAAUCUGACAAAUCAGACAAAUCUGAUAAAUCAGACAAAUCUGAUAAGUCGGAGAAAAACCAGGCAGCUCCAACAUCCUCUGGUACAUCGUCAGCCUCUGCAGCCUCUGCUCCAGCACCCACUCUCCCUGAAGAACCUUCUUCUCCAAAGGUGGCAGUUAAAAGCCCGGCGCCCGAGCCAAAGUCCAGAGAUGCCUCCAUCCGCUCACAGCCAACUGACUACAGCAGCAGCUCGGACCGUUCCGAGGAGCUGAGGACGCCAGACUCCAUGGAUGAACCGUGGGAGAGCUUGGACGGCAGGGGAAGUCCUCAGGGAGGGAAGCGCUACACUGGAGUGCAGAUGAUGGGCAGUGGCCUCCUGGCAGAGAUGAAGGCUAAACAUGAGAGGAGAGCAUACAAGUCUUCCAGCCCUGACAGGCCUGACAGCAAUGCAGCAGCCAAGCCCCACCCCACGUCUACAGAGAGCAGGUCUCCCAGUGGGUCCACCAACAAAGCUGACUCUGCUCCUUCUGAGAAGUCAUCAACACGCACUGAGACCAAAACUGAAGCCAGCACUCGUGUCAGAACCACAUCUUCUUCAAACUCCCCUGCAGGACCAGUGAGCCCUAAACCUCCCAUACCGCAAGGAGCAAAGCCUGCUUUAGCUGCUCGGCCCUCCAUCCCCCAGAAGCCGAGGACCACCAGUACCAGCAGGACCUUAGACGAGAGCUCAGAUUCUCCCGGCAGUAGCGGUGCAUCUCCUAAAACACUGGUUCUCCCUUCAACGCUAAAGAAAGGACUGUUAGAAAAGGACAAGGACUCCAGUCUUCAGUCAGGAGUUUCCACAAACAAAUCCACUCAGGAAGUGCGGUCAGCGUCAGAUGCUGUGAAGCGAUGCGGCCCUCUCAGCUCCAACUCUGAAGACCGCGGCUCCCUCAAGACCAAGGACAAAUAUCCAAACGCAGACAAGGACAAGACCACUAGCAAGAAGUCAUCAGGCUCUGGGGAGGAGGUGGAUAAAGACAUCUUUUUAAUAUGAGCCUGUUGACAAGACUCUCACGUUCGUUUUAGAAAAACAGCUAAAGGAGACAAUGGUGGUCAUGAUUGAAUUUAUAUUAGAGUUUGUACUUAAGGGUCCCGUCUGACCACAAGGUACAAAUCAUGUUCGGUAAGCAGGAAGGCCUGCUGUAAUGCAAGUUAGUUUCAACAACAGUUUUAAUCUGGUUCUUCAUGCAUAUUUUAACAACUUGGUCAUCAUGCCACCUAAAUAAUACCAAAACGGUGCUCCAUCUCACAGGAGCCUCUUUAUCCAACCACUCCAGCCUUUCAUCUACUUUGAUUUUCGUCACUUUUCUUAGACUUUUCAGGGUUUGACCAUUCGUGACCAUCAUGGGUCAAGCUCAUCCAGUCAGAAAA